AUGUACAUGGUAUCAGAGCCACCACAUAGAAUCCGCCUCCAUUCUGCAGUCAAUCCAUAUUAUGCAUCAAUAUCCUCUGAUUGCUCGCAAGCAUUCGUGUUUAUAUCUACGCCUAAUACUUUAAAUCUUUACACGGCAAACAUAGUAUUCGAACUCAUCUCUCAAUACACUCUCACUGAUGAACAAUCCCAAGAAUUUGGAUUUAUUGUGGAUAUUAAAUCAUCGCAGACGCUUCCACUGCUUGCAGUGGUGACGGACAAGGAUUUUCUGCUAAUUCUGACGUACGAAAAGGAUAUGGUGGAAUCGUUUGACAAGUCAAACUCCGAUGGUUCCAUAUCUAUACCCGGAAGCACUGCAAACUUUUCCAGCUUCCUAGUUUCUGGUGAACUCCAUCUACUUAUGGUCUUUUCACUAGCAGAACUAUGCUCGCCACCAAGUAGCAAAACACUCCAUAAAUAUAAAAGUGCCGGUGAAUCUACAUCCACUAUUGCUGCUAAAGAUACUGGAAUAUAUAGCGUUCAUAUGUCAAAUACUUCUAACGUGGCUACGACAUGGGACAAAAACUCGUUGGUCAUAAACUCCCACGCCUAUCUCCUGGCAAUUGACUUUGAUAAAAUAGCCUCCUCCCAAAUUAAGGUAGCAAGCUUAGAUACAUCCACAGAUACACUUUCGCUUACAAUAAAUGCAAAGGAGGUCUAUGUAGGGGAGAAUCAAAUCGGUUUGGUGCUUGUAACGCACGAACCAAACAUAGCAACUAAUAGUAUAGGCAAUAGCUUGAAUUUAUCUACGGCCAACGCGGUCGGCUCAUAUGAUAAUCAUAUAUUCUUUAGGGAUGCGUUGAACAGGCUGAUUGUCAUUGGACACUCUGGUGCUACAGUCGUUGCAGAGGGCGUGGGACAGUUUGCCAUAUCGCACAUUAUCGCAUACAGUACUGCCGUCGUAGGCACUGUGGAGUUUAGCAGCAAGGCCAAGUCUGGUGUAUUGGAAAGGGGCGGUAGUGUUAAUGUCCAAGGUGAUGUUAAGAUGUUGAGCUGGUGCCCCCAAGGCCGUAUUUUGGCUAUUGUAUACAGAAAAUCAGUUGAUAAUGGAGGCAUGGAGAGUGACCAUGACUAUCGCAUAAGCUUCUAUGGAACCGGAUGUAAUGGUUUGAAUAACUGGUCUAACGCUAUAACUACUACUAAAAUUCAAGUUUCAGAGGUUGUUAAUAUUGCCUGGUCCAGCUUAGGGCUCAGGUUAUUCAUGGUAACUAUGGAUUCGAUCUACCUAUUCGACGUAUUCAGAGGUUCGGGUUGGCAUUCUGGGCAAUCAUACACCAGCAGCUUAUUAAUUGGCCCUUCAGCUAUUUUAGUUCAGCAGUCAAACAAUUGCAUGUUUUGUGGAUAUGCCGAGCGUCAAUUUCUCUGGUACGACUAUCCUUUGUCUAUUAGUUCGUUCUGGCCAUUCAUUUUAGCUUUUGGAAAUCCCUCCCUUAAUUUAUUGCUCAUAAGAUCCUACAACGGUGCACUUCUCCUGUGCUGUAGGCAGCAGGAUUCAUUAGGCGAUACAUCGCAUUUUAUUACUGACAAACGUAUGCAUUUAGACCGUAUGAGAAAGGAAUCUUCGAAUGAGGCUAAUCAUUCGAAGAUUGUUUACCUAAACAGGUAUUGGAAAGUGCUUGAGUUUCAAUCUGAGGCUGAAAAUGUACAGGAUUAUGAAUCUCUUCCUUGCUGUUGGAUUGAUGAUGACCUGUUCCUCAGUGUUGGGAUUUCAUAUACUAAUUUACUAAAUCAUACGAUGAAGAUUUGUAAAAUAGCCCAUGAAACAGUUACACUAUUGGCGCAGAUAACGAUUAGGAGGUCUCCUAUUAUCGCAAAAAGGAUUGAUUUUAUAGAUCCCUUGGCAACUCCUGUUGUUAGUGGCGGAUCCAGCACUAAUGUAUUUUUUUACUUGGUGACCCGUUUCGACAAGGUGGAUAUUUAUAACUGGCUCAGGGGUACGGAUAUAAUCCAACUUGUUUUCCAAAUUGAUCUAUCUUUCCCUAACAAAAUAUUUACUUCAGGUAUGCCAUAUGCUGAAACAGGUGGGGGUAAGGUUGACGCCGAAAAUUCUUCUUUAGGCAAUUUUCCUAAAACAUCAACUAACAGACAAUCUACGAUUGGAAAAGGCAUCGACUAUUUGCAUAUUAAAUCUAUAAAUAUUCAGUCCAUAUGUAUACAAAUAGAAUUGGAUAACACCUUCAAAUUGUCCAUUGUCACUGAGAAUGAAAUGGUGAAGGUUGUUAUAGUUAAUGGACAAGCUACAUCAGGCUCAAUUCACAAAAUCACAGAAAAAUGGGUCACUCGUGAUGGGGGGUUUGCUAGCCAUAAUGAUUCACACACACUUUGCAACACAUGUAAUCAUUUGACACUUAGUGGAGAACAUUCCAAUGCAAAUCCUACCAGUGGCAUUGGAACGCGUAAUUGUGUAGAUUAUUUUGCUUUGGAUUGUACAAAGCAUCUGUUCGAGGUGUCAAAAAAGCAUUUUGAGGAAAAUGGUAGGUUAGUUGAUUUGAAAUUGUUGGAUCGAAAAGAACAGGCUUGCAAUGGCAUGCUCAUGCGUAUUUGCAGGAUGGCCCUAGAAUACGAAGCGCUAGAUGAUUCUAUUUUUGAAAUAUUUGAUUCAUUUAUUGCUUCAAAAGACUAUCUAAAUGCAUCGUUGAUCCUCAUCUGUAUACAGGCAGUGUCUGGCGUUAGUGGUAUGAUUUCCAAAUUCGCCAAACCUCUACUGAUUCACGCUAUAAAGGCACUAGGUCGCCAACCCUCACUUGCUCAUUUGAUUCACCAACUGAAAAGAAUACUUGAAACCGCGGCCAGUACCGCCAACGAUAAAGGGGACAAUAUGCUAGAGGCCAUCAACCGGGAAAUUUUGGUAGCAGCAAGCGGAUACGUCUUCUACGACUUUCUCGGUCUAUUGCGAGUUGUAUUAUUGUUGGAAUUGCCCCUUGUAAAAGUGCUGUCCUGCGUGAAGUUAGAAUGGAGGCUAUCCGAUUGCGAAACUCACUUUGGAAGUAGAGGGGUAACGCUAAAUGAAAUGUUCACAGCGAUCAAACGACAAUUCUUUACCAAUUAUGGCAACGCAAGCAGCAUAGAUAACUGCAAGGCGCACAUUAGUGACAAUAAAUUGAUUGACACUGAUGGGUGGUCUCUAUCGGCCGUUUUCGACCUAUUGUUGCCCCUAUACUAUGUGUGCCGGGAGGCUGGUGCAAACGGGUUGGCCUUUGUAAUUGCCCUGUCCGUAGGGGAUAAAAGCCUGGCCCAGCUGUCUGUGAACGGUCACAUUGCUAGAGAAAUAGAUCGCCUCGAUCCUGAAUGUGGCAAAUGCAAUCAAGCCAAGCAGAUGAUCUCUCUCAUUUUUUAG